AGCGGAAAGCUCAAAACCACCUCCAAUAAUCCCACCACCACACCUACUCUCGCUGCUCGUCGUCGCUGCCCACCCGCGCACGCUCGCCCACCCCUCUCCCCCGUCAACAAACACCCAAUUACCCCUCUCAAUUGAACAAAAUGGGUAUCACCGACUAUUUUUCCGAUAUGAUUUCCUCCCUGGGUUUCCCCGAGGCCCAGGCUGAGGCUCCCGCCGAGAACGUCGAGCAGUCCAACGACCAGGAGGCCGAACCGGAAGAGAAGUCCGCUGAGAGCAAUGAGGAGCCUGCUGAGGAGGAACCUGAGCAGGAUGAAGAGGAAGAAGAAGAGGAGGAAGAGGAAGAGGAAGAGGAGGAAGAGGAGGCCGAGGACAUCAAGCCCCAGCUGGAGGAGGAGUGCGCCAACUCCUCCCAGUGCGCUCCCUACAAGCACCACUACGAUGAGUGCGUCGAGCGUGUGACCCGGCAGCAGGAGGAUGAGGACUACAACGGUCCCGCCGAGGACUGCGUUGAGGAGUUUUUCCACCUCACCCACUGCGCUACCCAGUGUGCCGCCCCCAAGCUCUUCAAGGCCCUCAAAUAAACGGCUCAGAACGCCCGCCACGUUUUCUCUUAAUGGUUUCGAACGCCGAACUGAUGUUGACGAACGAAUUAUCUGGGAUAAAGACAUGAAGAGGAAUACGUGGGAGCAGAGGUCAAUUAAAAAAGAAAAAGCAUAUCAUAGAUGGCUGCGAUGCGCUUUUGAAUUGUUCUACCUUUCCUAUGUCAGCCUGCCGUUAAAACACCCUUAGCAUUGGCCGCGAUUGGACGGUGAUCGCGGCUUCUGUGUAUUGUCAGGAUGGGAUGAUAGACAUGUCCUUUACCCUGUAUGUACAGAUAGCUGGUCUCUAGUCAUUGUGAAAUUCUGCUAUUUUAAUUUAUGUUUAGAAUGAACGUUCUGUUUAGAUGUG